UACCAAUGUUCAUGAGACCUUCAAUGAUGAACGUAAACUUAAUUUUGCUGCUUUCUUUCUCUGUAUUGAAAACUGUUAAUAUUGCUGAAUCCAAACUUCAAUGUAAAGAUGAAAAAGGAAAGGAUGUCGAUUGGUAUUAUCUGUAUAAGAUACCACGUACAAGAGGAGCUGCACGUGGACGGGGAGGUGCACGUGGAAGGGGAGGUGCACGUCCAAGGGAAGCUCUGCCGGACACGAGUUAUCUGUAUAUAACGAGUCAGACUGUGGAUAAUGGAUGGACAAAGGGAUCUGAACUAAUAAAUUCGAGCACAUCGAUAGUGGGCAGGACACUCGCUCCCCUGUAUGACCCGGUUUUGUCCAAACAAAUUGCGUUUAUCUUGUACAAUGAUGACCCACCAUAUGGCUACAGCAAGCCAGAACAGGCUCAUGCUAAAGGUGUUGGAGUAGGUGAUGCAGAUGGAGGAUUCUGGCUAAUUCACAGUGUCCCACGAUUUCCUCCCGUACCGGGGGCAGGAAUAGUACGACCGCCGACACGAAAAUCCAAUAGAAGCAGCACGGCACACCCUUCAGCACCUUACGACUAUCCAACUAGUGGGACAAAAAAUGGACAGAAUUUCUUAUGUAUUUCAUUUCGUGAUAAAUACCGCCAGAGCAUUGCUGACGUGCUCCAAUACAAUUACGUUCAUGUUUACGCCUACCAUGUGCCUGAGAAUUUGACGGAGAAAUACCACACCUUCUUAAAUUUAUCAACGCAUAGGAAGCCAGUAAGAGACAUAGCAGCAAACUGCACGACAGCCAUUCAAAAAGAAAUAGUGUCUCGUGGUGGGAGGAAGUUUACAAUUUUCGCGAGGAACGUAUCAGUAAACGAAGAUAUUUAUGGAAAUAUCAUGGGUCCAGUUCUGAAUGCACCUAUGUAUGUUCAAACGUGGCAGACUGGUACUCGGAAACGCAAUGUGCUUCCGAGCUCCCGGGAAAUGCGGGUUUAUAAUAUCCAGGAGAUCCUCCUGACAUAUUCCGGCGGAACCAUCCCAAUCAGAAGUACACAAGAUCAUUCAAAAUGGGCGGUGGCAGAGAAUACUAAGGACAAAUUGUACUGGGUGUGCAUAGGAGACCUUAACAGAUCGAAGUAUAAUACGACUAGACCUGGUGGAGCCGUGUGCACACAUUCUGAACGACUCUGGAACCAUUACUUUCGGUCUAUUGUUCGCUACGAAGAACCACCACAACCUAAGACGCCAGUUAAAGAUUGAUCCAAAAAAAAGACCGGUAAAUAAGACCGUGCUCGAUAGGUUCUUUUUCACUCAUUUGAUGGAUUCAUUAAAUUUUUAUUAUAUGUGGUUGUUCAUUGGAAUUCAAUAAAAAUUAUUAUAUUAUUUUGUUA